GCGCGACAUCGAAACACAGAAAGAGAGGGACAGAAAGGGAAAGGAAGAGAGAGACAGAGAGAGAGAGAGAGAGAGAGAGAGAGAGAGAGACAGAGAGAGAGAGAGAGAGAGAGACAGAGAGAGAAAUAGAGAGACAGAAAGAGAGAGACAGAAAGAGAAUGCUCACCUCCGGCCUGACCAACGCGCCCAUCUCCAAAACCCUCCUCAUCUACACGAUCGCCUCGUCGAUCGCGCUCGCCAUCCUCGACCUGAAACACCUGACGUCGAUCCACGUUGUCCCGCACAUCUGGCAGUAUGGCCAGUUCUGGCGCAUCCUGGUGUGGCAGGUCGCGGGGUUUGCGAAUUCCACGGAGGCGCUGUUCGCGGCCAUGUUGGCGUAUCAUUUGAGGGUUGUCGAGAGGGGGUGGGGGGGGAGGAAGUUUGCCACCUUUCUCCUAACAACCCUUCCCUACACGACCCUCCUCCCGCCCCUCAUCCUCAUCCUCGUCCUGAAGCCCCUCUCCCUAGGCACAAUCAACUAUCUGCCGUCGGGGCCCGUGGCGACGAUCUUUGCGCUGUUGGCGCAGUAUCAUGCUUCUGUGCCGCGGACGUUUACUUAUCGUGUUUCGACUUCGACGAGCGCACCCACCUCUACUACGAUCACAUCUGCAGCCACUGCGGCCACGGCUACAGCUACAGAUACACCUUCUACAUCCACAUCCACAUCCACCGCAGCUACGACAACCCCAUCCCCCUCCCAAUCCCAAUCUGCCACCCCCUCCCCCUUCCACUCUGCCCAACAACCAAAACCAACCUCAUCCACAUCCCUCACCCUCCUCCUCUCCGACAAAUCAACAACCUACCUCGUCGCCGCGCAGCUCGCCCUCUCGCAGUUCCCGGGGAUGUUACUCCCCGCCGCGGUGGGGUGGUGCGUAGGCUGGGCGUGGCGGAUGGAGGUGCUUCCGCUGCCGGGGCUGGGAGGGACGUGGCGUGUGCCGGCUUGGGUGGUGGGGGAGAAGGAGAGGGGUGGGAAUAGUAAUGGUAAUGGUAAUGGGGGUGCGGGUGGGGCAGAGGGCAGGUAUGAGGAUUUGAGGAGACGGUUGGAGGGGGAGGCUGUUGCCGCGAGGGGGGCGAGUCAGAGUGGUGCGGACGUUGGGGGUGGCAGUGGGAUGGCGGGGAGGAUGAGGAGGGGGGGUGGGUAG